AUGCACUCCGCCAAGUCCAUCCUCUCCCUAGCCCUCCUCCACGCCGCCGCCCUGACCUCGGCGUCCCCGCUCUCCCUCCUCGCCGCCCGCGACACCUCCAAGGGCUUCACCCUCAUCGCCAAGGUCACCGACCCGGCCUGCGAGCUCGACCCGCCCGUGGCGGGCUGGCAGCUCGACACGGCCCACACGGGCGCGGGCCUCAACGCCGCCGUGCUCAGCGACCCGGGCCAGGACGGCGGGCCGCGGAUCUGGUACCUCAACGGCACGGCGCCGCCGGCGCAGCAGGUCCUCACCGACGGCGGCACCCCGCUCUACCCCUACGGCCUGAGCCUGCAGGCCGCCGACAGCCCGGGCGAGCACGGCGCCGUGGUCAACGUGGGCCAGUCGAGCCCCACCACGGUCAAGGGCGGCAGGCUGGUCAACCUCGAGGGCCCGGACGGCACGUUCCUGGCGUGCAAGCGCGAGCUCGAGUACUACCACUCCGAGUUCGUCGUGCUGCAGUACGCCUACGCCGGCGAGGCCAUCCCGGACAAGUGCGCCGCCAUCACCCUCGCGCCGCGGUGCGCCGAGCUCGAGGUCCUGCCUCCCGACGCCGGGUCCAGCCACGAGUUUGCGCAGGAGGUGGAGUGCUCCGCCAAAUGA